AUGACACCAACAGAAGCUAGUACAAAGAAGAAUGAAAGUACCGUGUAUUUCAAUCUAUAUGCCGAUAUGAAGCAAUUGUCAUCAAAGCCCAAAUUCAAGGUUGGUGAUAAAGUUAGGAUAAGCAAAUAUAAGAGAAAGGUGUUUGAUAAAGGCUACACACCUAAUUGGACUGAAGAGAUAAUCAUGGUUGACAAAAUCCAAUCCACAAAUCCAAUUACCUAUAGGUUAAAGGACCUCAACCACGAGGAAAUACAAGGCAGCUUUUAUGAGCCUGAAUUACUGAAGGCAAAACAAAAUGUAUUCCGCAUUCAAAAAGUUAUUCGGAGGGAUUAG